CUCCCCCUCACGGCGGCGGGGCCCGGGGGGGGCGGGACGGGGCGGUGCGGGACCCGCCCGGCGGGGAGCGGGGAAGGCGCGGCUGCCCCCCUCCGGCUCCGGCCAGCGCGGGGCCGCGCCGAGAUGUUCAACCGGGCCGUGAGCCGGCUCAGCAGGAAGCGGCCGCCGUCAGAGAUAAACGACAGCGAGGGGCACCCAAGCAGCAGCCACCAAACCUUGAAGGGAACCUCAAAAUGGGCUACAUCACUGGAGAGCCUCCUGGAAGAUCCAGAAGGAGUGAAACGAUUUAGGGAGUUUUUAAAGAAGGAAUUCAGUGAAGAAAACGUUUUGUUCUGGUUAGCAUGUGAAGAGUUUAAGAAAACACAGGGGAAAAAACAGAUGCAAGAAAAGGCUAAAGAAAUUUACAUGACUUUCCUGUCCAGUAAAGCUUCCUCCCAAGUCAAUGUUGAAGGGCAGUCCCGUCUGAGUGAGACCAUUUUGGAGACACCUCAUCCUCUCAUGUUUCAGAAGCUCCAGGACCAGAUAUUCAAUCUCAUGAAAUACGACAGCUACAGCCGCUUCUUGAAGUCAGACAUAUUCCUAAACCAUAAGAAGUGUGAGGAGCAAGAGGAGAAUUCAGCAGAGGCUCAGACUGCAGCUAAAAGAGCGUCAAGAAUUUACAACACAUGAUACAACGAAUCCCUUCAGGAGGAGCAAUACAAUGACUAAAUUACACUCAGGAACAGUCUAGGUUUAUAGCAGUUGCAUUUAGGGCUUGAAAAGCUCAGAACCUUUUUAGGAGAUACUUACCUUCUUAAUUGCUUGAACGACUAAUUGUUUUUGCAUGAUAGCUAAUAACAAAGUGCUCAUGGAAAGACUGUUUCCUAGCUAAAAGGCUGAGGUAUUCCUCCAUAGCAUGAAUUGCAUUUCAUAUUUCACAAGCUAAAAUGAUGCUUUCAGUUUUCGUAUUUUCUUUUGUGAGGCGUCAUGAUGAUGAGAAAUGGGAAAUAGGGUGGCUGGAUUUCUAUUUUUGCCUUGUAAUUUUUAUCUGUGACUGGGUUUUACAUCCUGAAUUGCUGGGAGAAGCUGCUGAGGAGUACAUUGCACGUUACUUUGUGGAUGAGUCAUUCGUAGCAAACUUAAUCAUGAAGGGACAGCAUCUUUCAGGGUUAAGCUCAAUAGAAUCCAAUCCCUUCCUAUGUAACUUUGUUCUUUCAAGGUGAUACCUGUUUUGCUUUGCCUUUAUUUUUGAAUCAAACACUUCUCUAGUAAUGAUUUCCUCAAUAUUUUUGCUGUAGACAAUCACCUUCUUCAGAGGAUGGAAUAACCUGUAUUCCUUUAGGGACAAAAGCACUGAUUUGAGCAUAGCUUGACCGGGGCACGUCCUGCAUGUCAGCAGAACACCAGUGUCAGAUGCCUGUAUGGCGAAGCAUCUGGUCUCUCCUAUGUCUCCUGAACAAUCCUGCUCUGUACAGCAAGAAUACUUUGGCAAAGGACCAACCAACAAAGUCUGGCUUUGUUUUACUAAAAUCUUUCUACUAAAAUCACCUUGCCUAAUUUUGUUUGCCCCAGAGAAUUAUUUCAGGGUUUCCUAAUGGUAACUUUUGAGAGCUGCAAUGGGACAGGGAUUUGAUGUUGUGGUUUAGCCAUUCACACCGAGCUUGAGAGGAGGAGGAAUUCACUUCUGCUCAGAGCAAUGAAAUGGUGGUAAAGGAAGACUCUCUCAAUGAAGAGUCUCUCUUCCAUGCUGUCCUGGGACUGUGUCAGAGCUGCAAAGCACAUUUAGGCAUACAAUUUUUCAUGUGUUCAUAUAUUUUUGAGUUAAUUCACUGCAGUGUUACUAAAUUGCAGUUGAAGUUGGGAAAGCCUAUUAGCUACAUGCUCUAUUUCCAAGCUUCGCAGUGUGUAGUGUAGCUGUUUCACAUUCAUUAUUUACUCGGUCAGUUUUGCACUGCUUUUCUUGAACUUUAGUUGAUGUGCCAGCUAAUCUAAAUGCCCAGUUAGCUUUUGAUCAUUUUAUAGUUCUUUUGUGUCAGAAAGGCCAGAUGUUUUGUAUAUUAUUCUUGCUAUCAACAUUUUAAGUCUAGAUUGCAAUUUCUGAGGCCACAAACUCACUUGGCAGACUUGAUUAUUUCUUUUAACUCUUGCAGGUAAUGCGUAAAGAAACUUGUUUCCAUGGGCUUUUCCCUAGUUAGAUGUUAAGAGUGGGAUCAGGAGUUCUGAUUCUUCCCUCAAAGCUAAAUGGCCUGUUUGCUUUAGAAGAUCAAAGAAGAGGUCAGUGCUCCGUACACGUGUUAAGGUAUUAUUCUUAUGCACUUAAUUUUCCCUUUGUGCUCUCAAAAGAUUUAAUGGUGAAGUCCUAAUCUUGCUUCAGGCACUUUCAGUAGUAUUUGACCUCGUGCUUAAGUUGUUUUUCAAUGUUUUGGUGUAUAGGAACGAGGUAAACCCAUGCAUGAAUCCUUUUGUUGGGAUGGGGCCUAGCAAAUGGGACCAUCCGGUUCUGGACCUGCCAACUACUUGUAAUCUCAGGAUUACCUCUUGAAAAUUCACUGUAAUAACAAACUCUUAACGCCUGCCACAGCAGAGGAUGGAACUGCUGAUACCAUUGAAAUCCUUGGGAGUAGGUAGCUUAAACACAUUUAGGAGUUGGGAUUUGUUUCUUCCCAGUAAUUGCAGCAGAAGUCUUAGUGAUACCGAAAAACACAGGAUGGGGACCUUCAUGGGGGAAACCACAGAAUGAGCUCUUACCACAUUCAUCACAUGGAUGCACAGUAGAUUCAUUUUUAAUCAUAUUGAUUUUAAAACUGCAUGAGUAAGGGAGAAGAGUCUUUGACUAUCGUGUUUUAAAAUAAUAAUAAAAACUAAACUGAGAAGCUGUAGGAACAAUGGUGGGGCAUUAAAGAGAGGAAAUACUCGUAGCUGCUUAUAAACACCAUUUUCCUUAUAUGCUCCCUGUCAGGUACUGCCUUAUUUGCUUGUAAGAGCAACUGCCCCAUAGGAGUAGACACAAAGGUGCUUUACACUACUACCAACCAAAAGUUACUCAAAUGAAAAUGUAUUUUUAGCAGCAUCUCAAUGCUUAUGGUAUUUAUUUCAAUACCUCUGGUGUUUCUAAGACAACAUACCUAAAUCCACAAAAUUCUUAACCUUUGAAUUGCUCUUUUGCAAAGUUCACUGCCCCAUUGACGUAUUUUAUUUGUAGUGUCUGGUUUUGGUUUGGUUUUUAGAAGGAAACCAACGACUGGUCUUGUGAGGUGCAGGAAUCAAAGGUUUUUUCCUGUCCUUUAGGUUAUCUGUAUUUUUCCAGUGAAAGAGCAAUCAAAGGAAAACCAGGCAAGCAGAUGGCUGUAGCUGCAGCAUGUAUGUAUGUGAAGAAGGUUAUUUUGCUCCUGUUGAUAUUCUCACUGAUCAAACUUUGUGAAAUACGUGGUGUUUUCUCUACGUGGCAUAGAACAAAUCACACAGGAAAAGAACUGAGUUUCCAGUAGGUAAUUCCUGCAUUCCAGGAACAACUGCAAACAUUACAUCGAACCUCAGGCUGUAAGCGCGUACUCAGAGUUGCUUGACGUAGAGAUUAAAGGUAGGAUCUACUCCUGUUCACAGAACUUACGCGGAAGGUCUGAGCACAGAAAGCAAGCAAGAGAAGUUUCGUGCCUGAUUGCAUGCCUUAAAAUCUACCCUGUUGUGUGUUUCUCAGCUAAAAAAUUAAAAUAUCCUACAAAUACACCAAA